AUUUUCUGAAGAUUCUGAUGAUGAGGCCAGAUUCAGAGCAGAGUACUGUUGAAGGUUUUUGAAGCUUUAAGGACACACUUCCCAAAGAGGUCUUCCAAGAAACUUGCUGGAGCCGUUCUGAAACUGAUGCAGGAAAACAGCUCAGUGACAUCCCGCACUGACUAUUCUACGUACACGUACACGUACACAUACAAGGAAUCAUAUGCAGAUUCUUCAUGGUUGUACUUGGUUCCUCUGUUGCAUUUUCUAAGAGAAGACUCAAAGUCCAUCUUCAAAUAUUCAACGGAACACACUGAUGAUAUGUGGUGGGGUCUAAAAGACAUCACACAUCACAAAGAGAACCUGAAGAUCUGUGACCAUUGGAUCAUACCUGUUGAAGAGGUAUUCCGUGGUUUAUCUCCUUACUUCGAUGCCGACUUCCUCCUCCCACGGACACUCAUGGCUUGUGUAUCUCAGUGGAAUCUGAAAAAGGUUUUAGAUAUACAAGUAAUUCCACCAGAGAUAUGCACAGCAACUCUUUGUUUCUACAGUAAAAGCUCAGGCCAUUAUACAGCUUCUGAAACAAAGAUGUAUCUGGCAGAGUGCAUGUUGAGUGUGGCAAGACAAUUCAAAGCAGUCUCAGAAAGGAGGGACAUAAAAAAUCACAGGGAAACAGAGCUGGAUUGCACAGAGCACAGAUAUAUGUGUAUGAAAAUAGCAGCAGAUCUUCUUGAUGUUUGUUUGGCUGAUACCUAUCAGUCAACCCGACUACUGCUUGCUGCUGUUGAUGUAUUCACAUCAAGUAUCAGUGUGUGUCAAUGUCACAAUGAGAACAGUAACAAUCCCGUGGGUAGAGUGGAAGAAGUCCACAAUCUGGUGAAUUGUUUGCUUGAUGAAAAGAUGAAACAGAUCAUUAGCUGGAUGGAAAAAUACUUUUCCCGGAGGUAUACAUCUGAUAUUGAUUUGAACUACUACAUUUCACUGUGGAAUAACUUGAUCACACUGCAAGUCAGCUCACCAUCACUGUCUCAUGAAUGGAAAACCACACUCCUUGAUGCAUUUGAAAUAGUGUUAUCUAAGAUACGUCCAGAAACUUGUCUGAACCUUCACAGAAGCCAAAUAGACAAGCCAGUUCACAGACUUCUUCAAGAAAGGAUGACUUCAGCUGCAUUCAGAUCAUUUGAUCUUCUGAUGAAGAAAGACGACCAGGUUGCAAGGGAUAGCCAGAUGGAUAAGACAUUCUGCGAAAUGGUGUCUAAACAUCUCCAGAUGUACUGGCCAGAAAACCCAGAUGAGGAGACAUUGAUUCAUCACAUCAUUACUUGGAGACCCUUGAUCAGUUACUUCAGUCGUUUCAUUGGUGAUCCUGAUGCUUACAACUUGUUGAUGGAUGACUGCUCACAGCAUCUGAUGGAAGCUGUCUCUUUGCUGGACAAAAUAGCAGCAUCUUUGUCAAAGGGAGACAUUUCAGUGUGGCUGCUGAAACUGAUUCUUUCCAACAAGAAGAAUUUCAUAGAACUUUGGGCAGCAUCAAGACAAAGAGAUGAAUUACACAUCUGCAUGGAACACAAAGUUAAUGUACGUGAGAAAGAACUCCAAGCAUGCCAGAUCUAUCUGAAAAGAGCUCAUGUCCUCCUCAUCAUGUGUGCUGAUAUCAUUGAAGUGAAUACAGAUGAAUUAUCAAACAGAGUAAGAGAAAUGGAAGAAAGGAUUGACACUGAAGUGUUGUGUGCUCUGUGUCAUCCACUACAAGAAUGUGAAGCUGGGGAAGGCAGCCUAGAUUCCUAUGAACCAAUCAUAUGUAUCUCAGAAAUCCCAGAGAAAAUCAUGGAAAUGGUUCCUCGACUUGAGAAGUUGAAUGAAAGCCUGAUCUUCAGGGAAAUGUGGAGACAUGAAGGAGCAAGCAUUGCCCCUGGAACAAAGUUUGAGGAAGCUGUCUUGAAAGUAUGGCAGAAGUCCAGUCAGAGAUGGCGCAAUCUCUGCAAGAAGAUGCAGGAUGGAACAGAGACAUUCAACAACAUACAGGAACAUGUGAGAAUAUUUCAAGGUGAUGAAAUUAAAAUAACAAAAGAGUUCCAGGUUAUGAGUGAUGGAUCUUCAGACUGGAUUCCUAAGAGAAUUAAGCAACUCCAGAGUUUUGAGAUUCUGCAGGGUUGUCAGAGGGCUGCUGAAAUCAUCAUGAGUAUAAAGGAAAUAUACUCUAUUGAAGGAAACUUUGCCCCAUUUGAAGCUGUGAAACAAAUGGCAAGUGGCAAAGACCACCCAAUAAACACAAUGGAUGACUCUGUGUUAGAGACUUGUUCCAUACUCCAUGACAUGAAUGAUCCCCAAAAGCAAAGGUGUAUUGAAGCCUUCGAGACUAGCAGUCGACUGGUGAAUUGGCUCAGAGCAUCCAUGAAAGAUGGCGUGAAGGAACUGAAGGUGUUUGUGGACCUGGCUUUCAUCUCAGCUGGAGAGGAACCGAUGGAGAUUCAUAAAGUCAACUGUUUCCACUCUGCCACCACUGGAUAUGCCCCACUGAUCUUCAAUACACCACAGAAUGCUGAUUAUGAUACUUUCCUCAAGAAUUGUGAACUGGUCUGGCAGGAACUCAGAUCUGAUGAGGAACUGCCCAAAAAAUUGACUGAAUGCAGUCGAUUUUUGAACUGGCUGAAGGAAGUUAAGAAGUCACAUGGAUCUGUUGAAGUAACCUCCUUGACACAGGCAGGACAGAUAAACAACCGGGGCACGUACAAAAUUGGCAACUUAGAUGACAUACAGAACUGUUCACUUCUGGCCUUGAACAAUGUCAUCAGCCUGCAUGUUACACAAGACAAAGAGCAAAAUCUAUCCCGAAGAUACACCUACAGCCAGUUGGUGGAUCUCCAGAGCAGGCUCAUGCUGGUGGCUGGCCAGGCAGAAAAGGGGAAAGAAGAUAUGGACCACUUCACCAUGGUUUUAGAUGGCAUAGUGCGUCUAGCAAAGACCUAUAUCAGACUGUCCAUAGACGGAUGUGUCUUGUUCAACUGUUGGAAGGGGAAGUUUUUGUGUGGAGAUGAGAGGAAUGUUUGCACCUUUUUGGAAUUUGGUGAAGCGGAAAAUCUUGAAACAUUAAAAGGACAUCGAGGGAAAGAGGAUGUUGAUGUCUUUAUCCAUGCUCUUGCAAAUGAGUUUGAGGACUUCCAUGAUGAAUGGAUGAAGUAUGUCAGUGACAAAAGGGAUGAAUACUUGGAGCUGAACUUUUACACCAUUGAGCAGCUGGUGUUCCUUCAGAGAGAACUCAUCAAACUGGGCACAGGGGAGGAACCUUCUGUUCAUGUGUACUCAAUGUUGUCUCUGAUCAAGCCUGAUUGUACUGAGUCUGAUCUUGGCCUUGCUAUGAAGACUGCUAGAGAAGUUGUAUUUGCCAAGAAAGACAGAAAAGAGACAGAGACUGAAGACAUUGAACCAGAGACACAUCAAGAUGUUGACACUAAACAAGUUUUCAUUGAUGCUAUGAAAAACAGUAACUUCUCAGAAAAACUGGCCAGACAAGCCUUGGAAGAAGUGAACCCUGAAAAUAUUGAUUCGGGUUUAGCUUGGUGUAUGGAACAUGAAGAUGACUUCCCCAAUGAAGAAGAAGGCACAGAAUCUUCGGUUGAUCCAUUGUUCAUGGGCUGGCAGGUGGGAGGAGAGUCAGUGUCAUCCAUUGCAACUUCCUGGGUCAAAAGUAUCUCACAUCAUACCAAGACUAUGACAACUGUGCAGGAUUUGACCUUGAACUUGAGGUCAGUUUGGAAGACGUUCCUGGAAGCUGUAUCAUCCAGUGUAGCAGAUUAUCUCAGUCUGGAACAUCUUGGCAUCAUCCUCAGGCAGCUCGCUCAAGCAGACGAGCGAACAUUUAACAGGACUAUACCACCACCACUAAAACCAGGAAUUUCAAACUUGAUUGUCUGCCCUCAAGCUGACAUGCUGAACACUGUUGUAUAUAUGUACAAACACUCAGAGGACCAGCCACUUCCACAACCAGAUGAGGUCCUUCUGUGCACUCAACAAACUACCUUUGACCAGGUUGACAUCUUCCUUCGACGAGCUUUCUUUAGCAACCCUGGCAAGUUGUAUGCAAUGGCCAAUGCUGAUCUGCUGCAGUAUGAGAUUGAGGAGAGGACAGAAAAGAAGCUCAAGGAGUAUUCAAACAGGGAGAAAGAUUUUGAUUGUCAACUUGUGAUACUGUGUUCCACGGAAAAUGAAUUCAAGGCUAGAAUUGUGGCAGCCCUUGAGAGACAAAGAUGUCCACCUCCUGCACUGCAAAACUUGCAUGAUGUGAAAAAAUAUCUCCUCUUAAAGUUCUCACAAAAAGUGGAAUGUGAUCAAGAUCACAAUCCAGCCUCAAAUUUGGAUUUCAGCAGUUCCACAGUGCGAGUGAUCAAGUCCAAAAGAGCUGGUGUUGGGAAGACCUUAUACAAGAAGCGUCAAGUUGAGGCACUGCAACGUCUGAACCCCAGAGUCCCUGCUACAUCAGUGUCCAUACAUCUGUAUGAGAAAAGUGUGUCCACAACAGCUGUGGCAGAGAAACUGCUGGAUCAUACGCUGCAGCCUGGACAAGUCCAGCCUAGAAUAUUCCACUUGGACAUUUCAUAUGAGGUUCAGGAAGGUGUUGACUAUCUCCUCUUCAACCUGCUGGUUCUGGGCUGCAUCAGCAACAACAUGGGACAUGUCUGGCUGAAGUCUCCCUUGGACCUGUAUCUCGUGGAGACCAUUCCCAUCACAGAUGUCAGGCAGGACAGGAGAGUCAAUUUACGUCUAAUCCACACCUUGCUGGAGGUCCUUCCUGAUGUCUACUGCUGGUCUCCUCAAGACAGUCUGCAGAUACUCAAAACUGGCAUUAAACCAGAAGAGUAUGGUGAGAAAGACAGUCUCUUUGAUAACAUUGAGUUUGAAGGUGAAAUUUACCAGCGACCAUUUCAAUACCUCAAGCGAUGGAACAGCAACAAAGGGCUUACUAACAUCAACCCACGAGUACCUGAAGGAACACAUGAAGAAUGUCUAACAGUUCUCCUGCAACAUUGUGGUGUGAUGGAUCCAUCUUGGUCUGAACUUCACAACUUUGUAUGGUUCCUCAACACCCAGUUGGUCGACUUUGAGAAAUCUAAUUUUUGUUCCAAUGCUGUCCUUGAGGAUUUGCCAGGUUUCCCAGUGUUUGUUCUAAAGUUCCUUAUCCAGAUGUCAAGGGACUUUGCAACGAGAUCUUUGGUGAUGAGUGAGCAGACGCCUCUGGAUCAACUGAAUGUCCAAGAAACCAUAGACCUAGCUCAGUUUCAGAUGAAGAGAAAAUGGGGAAAGCAGGUUCCUCAUCCCUACAUUUUCUUCAACCCUGAUGGCCACACCAUGACCUUCCUUGGCUUCAACAUCGACCGCCAGACAGGGAACAUGGUGGAUCAGCAGACAGGGAGGGUGCUGGAGAGAAACCUAGUGCCCAAACCACUACAGGAAGCACUGAUCAGAAACAGGGUCAACAUGAAUGAAAACUUUGAACAGAUGAAAAGACACGAUCGAUUGGCUAAGCUGUGCAGUGUGAUGCCAGGUGUCGACUUUGUACAUGACCCUGAUGACACAUAUGAACUGACAACAGACAAUGUCAAGAAGAUUCUGGCCAUUUACAUGAGAUUUCGAUGUGGAAUCCCAGUGAUAAUCAUGGGAGAGACAGGAUGUGGGAAAACAAGACUGGUCAAAUUCAUGUGUGAUCUGCAGUGCUUGCCAGGCUCUGACAUGGAAAAUAUGGUCAUUGUGAAGGUUCAUGGAGGCACAACCUCUGAGGACAUCAUCAAGAAGGUCGAGAAUGCAGAACAACUCGCCAUCGCUAACAAGGCUAAGAACCCACACAUGUACACUGUCCUGUUCUUUGAUGAAGCAAACACAACUGAGGCCAUUGGACUCAUCAAGGAAAUAAUGUGUGAUGGCUCUAUGGAUGGACAGCCACUGAAACUGUCAGAAAACCUCAAGAUUGUUGCUGCAUGCAAUCCUUACAGAAAGCAUUCGGAUGAGUAUAUUCAGAGACUUGAAAAAGCAGGACUUGGCUAUCAUGUUGAGGCUGACAAGACAACAGAUAAGCUGGGCCAUGUCCCUAUGAGGAGACUUGUCUACCGGGUGCAGCCCUUGCCACAGAGCAUGCUACCUCUUGUUUGGGACUUUGGCCAACUCAACGUUCAAGUGGAAGAACUCUACAUCAGACAGAUGGUCAACAGAUAUGUUCGAAAUGGCCAGAUACCUGUACUUGGUAGUAUUGUGUCAGUUGUCAGUAAGGUCCUCAUAGCCUCUCAGUCUUUCAUGAGGAUACAACAGGAUGAGUGCAGUUUUGUGAGUCUCCGUGAUGUUGAUCGUACCCUGAGUGUCAUGGCCUGGUUCUAUCAGCAGUCCCAGGAUAAUGGAAUGUUGUUCAAAGCUAUAGACAACCUGUUGUCUCCUGAUCAACAUUUAGAAGAUGGGGAAGAAAGUCAACGCGUCUAUCUUCCGGAUGAUGUGACAAAAUCCCUGAUCCUAGCACUAAGUGUCUGUUACCGAGCGUCGCUUACAAGUCGAGAGGAAUAUGAUCGUCAUAUAUGCAGUCAUUUCCAGAAUCCAUGUGCCAUUCCUGGUGGGUUCGAUCAAAUGGUCCAUGUCAUAAACAGUUGCCAGGAUGUCUUUGUUGACAAAGUCCAGCUUGAUGACAACAUAGCCAAGAACCAGGCCCUCAAAGAGAACCUGUUCAUGAUGGUUGUGUGUAUUGAAUUGAGGAUCCCCCUGUUCCUGGUGGGAAAACCAGGCAGUUCCAAGUCCUUGGCCAAAACCAUUGUUGCAGAUGCCAUGCAGGGCAACUCAGCCAGAUCAGAGCUAUUCAAACAACUGAAACAGGCACAGAUGGUGUCAUUCCAGUGCAGUCCUUUGGCCACUGCUGAAGGUAUUGUCGGUACCUUCCGUCAGUGUGCUCGCUACCAGCAGGACAAGGACCUGGACAGGUUUGCCUCCAUCGUUGUUCUGGAUGAAGUUGGUCUGGCAGAAGACUCACCAAGGAUGCCACUCAAGACACUUCACCCACUUCUGGAAGAUGGUUGUCAGGGAGACGAAAAGCCAGAGCCAUUCAAGAAGGUUGCCUUCAUUGGUAUCUCCAACUGGGCCCUUGACCCUGCCAAGAUGAACCGAGGUAUUCUGGUGCAGAGAGAAGUCCCUGAUGAUGGGGAGCUAGUGAAGAGUGCACAAGGCAUUUGUUCAAGUAGUGAGAGAGUCCUCCGAAGAAUCAAGCCUUUGCUGCCAGAGCUAGCUAAUGCUUACACAACUAUAUUCAGCAGAGCACAGGAUACAAAAAGAGAAUUCUUUGGUCUAAGAGACUUCUACAGCCUUGUAAAGAUGGUUUAUGCCUUUGCUGAUAAACAUGAUCGAGACAUUUGCUGGCAUCAGUUAGAGCAUGCUAUCAAGAGGAACUUUGGUGGCCUUGACAACCUGGACCCAGUUGUUGUGUUCAAGGACAGCAUCACUACAGUUCAAAGGCAUGAAGAGAAACAUGUUGAUGAUCCUGACUCAACCACUAUUCAACUUAUAGAGGCUGGUCUGUCUACUGACAUUGCAAGCAGUGAGAGCCGUUACCUGCUGCUGUUGACAGAGAACUAUGGAGCUCUUAGCAUCUUACAGCAAGAGAUUUUAGCCAGACACAAAGUCAUUGUAAUCUUUGGCUCAAGUUUUCCCAAGGACCAGGAAUAUACUCAGGUGUGUCGGAACAUCAACAGGAUCAAGGUGUGCAUGGAGACUGGCAGCACAGUCAUUCUGUUGAACCUGGAAAAUCUGUAUGAGAGUCUCUAUGAUGCACUGAACCAGUAUUAUGCCCGACUUGGAGGUGAACGUUUUGUUGAUCUUGGGCUUGGCACACACAGAGUAAAGUGCAGAGUUCACCAGAAAUUCAAACUGAUUGUUGUAGCAGAGAAGCAGAAGGUGUAUGAUGAGUUUCCGAUCCCACUGAUCAACCGCCUGGAGAAACACUUCCUUGAUCUUAACAACAUGAUGUCACCCGAGCAGAAGAAACUGGCAGAGGAACUGAACCAGUGGGCUGUGGACUUUGUAACUGCCAGAACAUUCACUUCUGGAAAGCAAAAAAGAGAGAACCUUCCCGAAGAUGCCUUCAUGGGCUACCAUCCAGACACAGCUGCAGCCAUUGUGAUACAAGUUUGGGGCAGGGAUCAUAUUGUGGCCUCGGAUGAGGAUAUUUUCAAGGAAUGUCAAGAGAUACUGUUGUGGUGUGCCACUCCUGCCGCAGUGGAAAGGCUGACAGAUCAGAAACUCCAUCUUGAAGCUGAAAGUAUCCACAGAACUUACUAUCAGUGCCAGCAACAUGAUGACAUCUACCAGUAUCUUAAAAAGAAAAUCUUGGACAUGGGAUGUUUCACUUUGCAAGCUCAGGUGACAACUCACUCCAAGCUGCUGACAGACCAGGAAAAGGAGGACCUGGGCAGACAUCUAAGUCUGACUGCCAACAAUAUCAUCCUGCUCACACUGCAGUCCUUUGACACCGAGCAGCAAUUUGCACAGCAGAUCAAAAACUUUGUUCAGCGAAGUGAAGAGGGUCAGAAACUGCUGCUAGUUCAGUGUGGAUCUGGAGACAGGAACCAGUCUCUCAUCAGGAGUGCCCAGUACUGUGUUCUGGAUGAGCUGCAUGAUGCAAGACAGUUUGCUGUAGUCUUCAUCAUACAACUGCCUAAUAUUGCUGGAGGGUGCUUUUCUGGUUUUCAGGCUGGAAUGUGGCACUCAUUACAUCUUGAUGAACUACGACAAUCCACACAAGACAUGCCUUCAAUGAAUGAAUUACAUAAAUACUCCCCAGCAUCUAUUUUUGAGGGACUGAGUAGCAAUAUGCCACCCACAAGUGUUCAGCCAUUGGAGCAGAGAAUUCCAACCAUUGACCUGCUGUGGGAAGAACCAUUACCAGAUGGAGAAAAUUUGAAUAUGCAAAUAGUCAGACAGGAACACCAAGAAGCAGAGUCAAGGUCAUUGGAGCAGAAACAUAGUUUAUACCUAAGACAAGAGGCUCCAGGGGCUCGUGGAGACUUGUUAGGAUUGAAUUCAUCACACAAUGCCAGUGAUCAGAGACUGGAACAUCUGGGGGAAGACAAUGAAAAACACAGAGGUGAUAUGGUUGAAAUUGAGGACGUUGAGCUAGAAAUAGAUGAAAGGAAACAUUCUAUUGCUCCCUUCUUCCAAAAACUGCUCUUGCCCUGCAUCCAGUCUGCUGCUGCUCUCAUCAGGGAUGAAGAACUGGACACCAAACGCUCGACCAAAAGGAUAGAAAUACUCCUGAAACUAUUGGACAACACAGAUGAUGAAGAUGCCAGACUGUUCAUGACAGGGUUGUCACAACUUAUCAUCUUCCUUCUGAAGGAAAAAGAACAAUUAUACAGCAGGUUUUUGCCCUCAAACUGGCUUGCUAAAGAAGCAGCUCAGCAAGAACAUGUCAGACAAGCAGGAACUUUCAGACGUGCCGCUUCACAGUGCCUGGAGAAUAAGAUCAUACCAAUAUUAGCUGGAGUUGUGGCAUUCCUAGACACCAACAGAAAUCUUGACUUGUGUUUACCAGAAGAAGCACCAUGGAAGAGAAGACUUUGGCUUGCCCUGCUUGACAAUACAAAAGUAUGUUACUACCAGUGUAAAAACAUUAUUGCCCCAGAGAAUCAACACCGCCAGGGUGAAGUUGUGCCACAUCAUUUGGGAGUCAACAAACAGGUUUUUGCUGUGCAUAUGCCAUUUUUCUGGCUUCUCUUUCAAGACAUAAGAAAUGCCAUUGCAGAGGCAGAGAAUACAGAGCGGUCAGUGGAUGAAGAUUCCACUGAGUUAUUGACCUGUGUAAGUGACCUCAUUAGCAGAACUGCAUUUGGGGAAGUGCUUUCAUCAGUUGUUGAUGAAGAGGAGAAAACCUUUGUGUUCAAAGCAUAUCUCAGAGAUUUUCUACAUACGAUGUAUCCUGGGAGUAUGGAUGUGUGUGAGAUAUUAAGUAGUGCCCUCGAGAAUGCAGCAAGGCAGACAGACAGAGACCUGUGCAACCUGGGUGUGAUACAGGCUAUUACCUACAUCCAUGUUAUCCACUCUGCUGCCAAAGAGAGGCUACAGCUCUUCCUGGAAGUGGUCCAGAUCUGGCCGGAAGUUGUGACUGCUGUCGCUGAGUUGAAGGAGAGAGUAGGGGGAAACCCACUGCUCACAGAAAACGAGAUGGUUGGAUUUUGUUGUUGUUUGUGUCAUUUCAGAUGUGGAUGGAUGCGGGUAAUGGUGAUCAAACUGUUCUUGGAGAGUUUCUCAAGCAACAAGAAGGUUCAACUGGAAUCACGAUGCAUGCCGCUGUGGACAAUGCUUACUGAAAAUGCAGACCUUAAGAAAAUGGAUUCACUUAAAAAGAUUGAGCUGUUCCUGAAGAGUGUAAACAAAAAUGUUGUCAAAAAACUCUCUGGAAAAAUAGGUUCUUGCAGUCAUUGUGAAUCUGAGUUUGAAGCCCCACCAGUAGAGCUUCCCUGCAAGGACAAGAUCUGCCUCCGAUGCUUCAAUGAAACCCAAGUUACAAGAGAUCUGAUUUGCCCUAAAUGUCAUACUGCUUUCCCAGAAACUUUCACACCAGGCAGUGGACCUUCACAACAAGUGGAAAUGUUCACAGAGUACCAAGAGUAUCUGAAGUGCUGUAACAGCUUUCUCAUGUCUGUGGUGUCCAAGCUAUGCUUUGGUGGAACUGAACCUCCCGAAAGUGAUGUUAUAGAGAGGAUCUUCAGCUACAUCACUCGCAGAUAUAGUCAGUCUGGAAGAUUGCAUACAAAAGAGAUGUCUGUGUUUGAUGACAUGAUUGAUCCCACACCUGUGGUCAGAUCCUUUCUUCUUAAGCUUCUCAUACACAAAAGUGAGGAAAUGGUACAAAACUAUCUCCAGAACUUCUUUCAUGAUGCCAAAGCCAUAUGCCAACAAGGAAAAGAAGAGAUGCCCCUUGACACAUUAGAUGAGAUUGUUCAGUUCAGCCUGCUUGUUAUACAAUGCUUAGAGGACUUAUACUAUGAACAUGGAUCACAGACUAGGACCUCAUCAGAAGAAAUGCAGGCUGCAGGCCACAAACUGGCAGAUGGGCGACGCUUUAUCUUAUAUCUGGAUUUGGACUUGAGAAAGAUGUACACCAUUGCCAUGUGUAGAUAUGGCCUUUCAGUAACAGCCAAAUACCUGCAUGCUGUGUUUAUUGAUGGGACUGAGAAAAUGUCAGCUGACUAUUUCAGAGAACUCUUGGGUCACACUGAAGGAAUUGUGACAGUUAAGAAUGCUGAAUGGCCAAAGAAGUUUUUGGUGAAGCAGAUAUGUCGCGAAUUUGGGACUGACAGCUAUCAUGCUAUCUGUGAUACUGGCAAGGUGCCAUGGUUGGCACUGGAUGUUACAGAUCAGGUCAGUGAAUGUCCAGACCGAUACAUUGUCUGUCUUGAGUACCAACAAGUAAGAGAAACUUUGGCAAAGACUCUCCUUGGUGAAGACAUCAAGCAUCUGGAACAACUGGUCAAGAAGAAAGAGAUGCUGCUUCUCCUAGCUAUACACAGAGAAGUGACCAUGUCGAAUAUCAAACCUCAGACUGAAAGGGAUCAACAGAUCUUGAAAACAUCUCUGGAAAUGAUUGCACAGUUUGUUCAGAAUACAAAGGAAAUUACGCAAAAAGAACUUGCACUGAAGCUGCUGAAGAAUGAGUUUGGUAGACCUGGCUCCCCCCUGAACAUCACAGAAAGACAGGGAGUGAGAGACCAGAGUCUGGUGUGCCUGCUGCUACACACACAUCUCGUCCUGACACACUUCAACAGCAAGCCAGGCUUCCUGAAACCGCUUUCCGAUCUCAUACUGCAUCCAGAAGACAUGACAGACAUGUUACUACCAACAAUGCCUCAGGAUGAUGUAGAUUCCAUAAGGCAAGUGAUGCUGGAAUCCUUAAGAGAGAAAGGAGAUAUGAGUACUACAGUUGUCUUUUUUCGUUGUCCCGAAGGCCAUCCAUACAUCAUUACCGAGUGUGGUAAACCUGCUACUGAAGGCAUAUGCAAUGCAUGUGGUAAGAAAAUUGGAGGCAGAAGUUAUAAGGCAUUUGAAGGAAAUAAGCAACAUGGAGGAGAGGACCAGACUCAGCCCGGUCAUGUCUUAGGUAGAGCUGCUGACAGAACCGUUACCUAUCCAGGUGAACGACAACUUGGGGGACCUUCGUGUGCAGUCCUGCGUUUCUUCACUCAUGCUGCAUUAUUGUUGGGAACAAGGGCUAACCCAGAGGCUGUUGCAAAUCUUGCCGAACCACCAUUGGAACAGGAUGUCAGUCAGUUCUUCUUGGAACACCUCCAGAAGGACCUUCAGAUCAUCCACAUGGCCACAGGGAAGAGUGUAGAUGAUGUCUUCCUCUUCCUACACUUCAUCUGCCAUCAAAUGACUCAAUUAGAAACACACAGAGAUACAAUGCCACAAGCAUUAAGCAGCAAGAAAGCUAGAGAGGCUUGGGAGGAACAGUUUGCAAAAGUUUUCAUUCUGCCACUUUUACAGAAUCUUGACAGCUGUCUCAUACCGUGCAAUGAGAGGAUGUUGAAGGACAAGAGAAUAGGUCAAGACAAGUUGAUGUCUCUAUUGUAUGAGGUAGACAAAUCCAUUCCUAAAGAAGUUGACUGUCUCCAUGAGUUUCCAGCUGUGUGGAGGUACCGGUCACGUAUCACACUGGAGCAUUUCCUGAGAGAGUUUCAUCUGAAAGUGGAGAACAUCAAGGGCAAGAAAUCCAAGAUGGAAGUUCUCAGCCUUUUCAGACAACAGCAUCCUUACUUGCAGGUGCUACAUCGCAUCCCUAAUAUCCUUCAACUUCAACAAUUCCUGACGGCAAAAUACAGAAGACGUUUGGAUCGAAAAGAAGCCCUGAAAAUUUCAAUUGCUGAAAUUGCUACAGACGGAAACAACUCAGUCGAUGUACUGAAGUAUCUGCCAGAUUUUGUAGCUACUUGGAAUUGUGUAAAGGAAGGACUUCACAGUCAUGGAUGCUGGACGGUCCAUGAUGGUCUGAUACACCUGCCUGAUGCCUACAAGAACAUGAGGAUUGAUGAGAACUCUCCCCUGGCUGUCCUUCUGCCGUCCACCCAGGGGCCUGGCAUCUGCUCCUACAUGAUGCUGGAGUUCCUCUUCAGGAAGCAUAAUGAAUUCAUGGAGAGUUACUGUGAAAAGAUCUGUUCCAGCUAUGAGCGCCUGCCUGAGGUCAGCAUGAGGAAACUUCACAGCAACCACCUGGUCAGCUACCACCCUGACCGUGACCUGCUGCCCCUUGUCCUGGCCAACUGUAACUACUCCUUUGAGCUGGGGAAAGGUACCACCAUUGAGUAUGACUUUGAAGGAUUUGAGUAUCAGCUCAAAGAAGUCAUACUACAGGCCAAGUCCAGAGUGGAGCAGAAGUCGCAUGUCAUACCUAUUGACACAAUGGUGUUUAGAGCUGAUACAACCAAUGCUAUUGUCUUCAAGACACUGAGAGACAAAAUACCACAGGUGUCACUCGCUCCUGCAGUGAGGCUACAAAUUUGUUCUGGAUUGAAAUCCAGCCUGCCAGACAUCUGUGACUCUAUCAACAAUUUGGAUAUCACCACCAGCUUCCUCAAGUCUUUAGGAGGAGAACCAGACAAGUCACUGCAGACUUUCAUGACAGAUGUGCUCAAAAUGAAACAGACAAUAACAAGCCAGAAGGCAAGGCAGUUCUGUAGAUUCAAGCACAUACAAUCACUGUGGUUGCUGCUUAGUUUUGAGAAGUCACGUGUUCUUGCUCAAAAUGCACAGGAUGCAUUUGAUUACUUAGACACUGAACUUAAGAGAGAUCUUCCUGAGGAAGCUAGAGCUGAACUAAAGCGUUUUUGUCAGAAAAAGAGCCCAGAUAGGAUGGAAUGCCUGUUGCAGGCAAUGUUUGACUGCCUGUUGCUCAGAGUAGCUCAACCAGUUGACCCUUAUGAUGAAGAUGCUGUGGACAUGAAAACCAUGAGCCUGCGAGACAUCCUGCAAGGGGACAGAGAUGCUCCACUGUACAGUAAGGAUCCUGAUGAAACACUGACCGAGGAAGAUAUCUUCUCCUUCCCAGCAGUCAUCCUGGGGAAGCACAUCCCCGACACCUGGCUGUCAGUCCUCCGGGAACUUGAAAAACGCAGGAAGGAGUUUCAAUAGUGCCUCAACAUACGUCAAUAGUGGAUUGUCAAACAUGUACUUAUAUGGUGUAAAUAUAAAUGAAUGUGCCAGUCAUCUGGAAAGUCACUCAACAUUGUAAGAGUUUCAACAGCGCCCCAGCAUAGAUCAUACUUUCAUAGUGGAUCAGCAUACUUGUGUUGUUUAGACAAGUGUAAUGUCAUGGACUUAAAUUACUUCUGGACAUAACCACUUUUGGUAUGUUGAUGAUCUUGAUAGUUGAAUUUGCUGAUUUUAUGACUCCUCUCAUGUAUAUUUUCUUUCAUUUCUAUAUAGUGAGGUGGUCGUGAAUGUUUUAUUCUAUUUAUAAUAUGGUAUGUGAGUUAUGACCAAAUUAUUUUGAAGACAUUAAUAUUGCUUUUUGAUGUGAUUGAUAUGAUGCUAUGUAUGUUUUAAUCAUUCUGAUAUAUAUUUUAUAGAGUUACUUGUUAUUUGAAAUAUGUAUAUGAUAAAUUCAAGUGGGAGAGCCAGUAAUUCUGAGGGAACUCGCAACACAGGAAGGAGUUUCAAUAGUGACUCAACAUAUGACAAUAGUGGAUUGAUUUACUUGAGUUGAAGCAGAAUUAACAGAGCUAAUUAUGGUUAUCUACAGACAGAUGUAUACUGUGUGUAAUGGAUUAAGUUUCCUUCUUUUCCACAUUUAGUUGUUUGCUAUGCAGUAUGUUUGCUUUUUUCAGUUUCCACACGAUAUGGUUUAGGUUGUAGCAUUCUGAUGACUUGCACAUAAUGUUGAAAUGUUGUAUUCAAAUUGUGAUGAGUACAUGAAUCGUUAAACAUGGUUUAAGGUACCUUGGUUUAAGGAAACCAUGCGCAAGAUUCAUGUUUUCUACAUUUUUUUUUUAUUUCUCUAAUAUUAUGAUGUGUACACAUCUAGUUUCAUUGUCAUACUUUCUGAUAUAUGAAGGAAUUAUGUGAAAACCAAAACAGAAUUAGAGAAAUACAGUAAUCUUCUUCAAUAGUGUUCUUAUUCUGUACAGUUUGCCUACAGUAGUGAAAUUAUGAUUAAUUAUGGAUAAUUGAAAAAUCAAAUCGUUACAUGGGUUCUCUGUGAUAAAAUAUUAGCCAACAGUGCACACAGAAAAAUAUGGUAUAUGAAAGAACAACCGUCACAUGAUCAUCAUGAUUUGUUGUUUAAAGUAUUUUCCUAUGUUGUACUACAUAUCAAGACUAUUGUGUUGUUUAUGUUAAAUCCAGUUUGACACAUUAUAGGACUGAUAUGAUGAUCAAUUUCUCAAUUCGUAGAGUUUAUUUGUUGUUUGAAACAAUGAAAUGUGUUGCUUGUAUACCAUAUGUACAGACAUACAUACCGGUAGUAUGUUCAAUAUUGUCCAAUAAAGCCAUCACCUCAUAACGACCAGUAACUUGCUUGCAUUCCGGUCAUUCAGUUGUCUGAGACUUCUUUCAAUUAUUUUAGUACCUUACAUCAUCCUGUGACGCUGUUGGACUUAUACUGAAAAUGAGGGUUGUACUUGUUUCUGUAAUAGAAGUCCAGUAAGACUGAUUUUACGUUUGUGUUUAGAUCAUAAUGUAUGAACCCAUCGGUAAUCAUACAAAGAUUAUGUUUAUCACAUGUUCAUGAGAUUGAUGUUCAUAUCUGAUUUAAACAGGUGUUUUAUGUUUGUCAACAUUGCACUGGUUUAGUUGUUUUCCUUUGUGUAAUAACAUUGAAUAAUGUGUGUUAAAUAGAUUUUCAGUACACACAAAAUUUGCAUUUUUUAGUGUAGCGUGUUUGUUUAUGGUUACACUGACAAGAACAGUACAACUACAUAAUCCAAAACAUAGAAUAUUUCUUGAUGAAUGUGGGAUAAGUAUGUUUCUAUUUCCUUAUGUUUUCAUGGCAAGAUGGACUUUCAUGACAACUUUUGACUAUUUUUGGACCAAAAUUGGUUUUGGUACAAUUUCUUUUUGACAAUGAUGUACUGGUUUAGUUUGCAUUUUGGUGACUUGUUGACUUAUGAUAUUUUGGAAUGUUUGUUUUUUAAUGUGUUAUGUUUUCCAUGAUGACGUAAUGGAUUAUACUGGAAGUGAUGGUAGUGCUAGAUUCAGAAGGAGAACUCCCAGGCCAUUGUCUAUUGUUUUAUGAAACUUGCUGUACAGAUCAGUCUGGUGAUGAAAUGUGCCUUUUCAUAAUUAGAGAUAUUUGCAUGAGACUGAAGAGCAAAUUGUUUUCUUCACUGAACUUAAGGAAUCUAAUGGUAAUGAACCAACAGUGGGUUAUUAGUGAACAAACUCCAUAUGUGAAUUGCACUAUGAGGUAUAUAAUUUUUUAUUAUUCUCAAAGAAAAUAUUGGAAUGUCAAUGUGACAGGAACUUUUAAUUGGCUGUUUUAUUUUUUUAUACUGUUCACCACAUAUCCAGUUGAGCUUCAUUGACAUUGCACCAUUUGUGUUGAUUAGCAAUGUAUAGUUAGUAGGCCUUUAGAUGCCAAUAAAUGCUGCUAAUCUCGAUAUCCCUGAAUAACAAUAUAUCAGUUGACAUUUGCUGUGGUGAGGUUUAAUUUUCAGAUUACUCUGUUGGUGAAAAGAAGGGACAAUGGGCUAGUCUCAUGGUUGAAACACUGGCUCAUCAUGCCUAUGAGCCAUUUGAGAUUCCACGUGUGAAGCUGAUUCCUUGUGUCCCUUGCUUUGAUAUUGCUGGAACUGUGCUAAAGCAUCAUAAAAAUCUUCCCAAAUGUUAUUUAUAAAUACGUCUUCAUACGUUAUAUAUUGUUUUGUAAAAUAAUGUUUAUUUAUACUUAUCAAUACUUGUUUGCUGAAAGAUAUCACAUAUGCAUUGUAUCACAUAUGCUCUUUGUAAAUAGGUCUUCAUAAGUUCUACAUCUCAUAUUUUGUUGUAUUUUGAUAAUUUGUUCAUUUUUGUCAAUACCUAUUUGCGGAAAGAUAUCACAUAUGGAAACCAUUAAUAUUUCCAUGGAAUAAUUCCAUCCUCAUUGAAAAAAAGCUGGGGUUAAGUUGUCCAUCUAGCAAAACGAUGACUUUACAUUGUGUGUAGGUCAUAAUGUACAUACCUAUCAGUAAUCAUACAGAGAUUGUGCAUUGAAAUAGAUGUUCAUAUGUGAGUCAAACAGAUUUUCCUUUUGUCGUUAAUGAACUUGUUUGUCUCCUUUGUUUAAUAACGUUGAAUAAUGUGUGUUAAAUUUUCAAUACAUCUGCAUUUUUAGUGUAGCAUGUCUGUAUGUAGUCCAAAGUAAUAGUCCAAAACAUAAAAUAUUUCUUGAUGAAACUUGCUAUACAGAUCAGUCCAGUAGUGAAGUGAUACCUUUUGAUGAUUUGAGAUAUAUAUUUUUCUAUUUCCUUAUGAUUUCAUGGCAUGAUGGACUUUCAUGGCUAUUUUUGUCUAUUUUGGGACCAAAAUUGCUUUUGACACAUGUUUUUUGGUCAAUGAUGCACUGGUUUAGUUUGUCUCCUUUGUGUCAUAACAUGGAAUAAUUUGUGUGAAACAUAUGAAUAAUGUGUAGCAUGUGUGUAUAUGGUUACACAGGAGAGAACAGUACAACUAAAUAGUGCUCAAUUACAUUAGUUGUACAGGUAAACAGAAGUAUCUUGAGCACUUAUGGUAUGGAUUUGGAAGGGAAUCCAUACACCCCCAUAUACGCACUGCUUGUUGAAAGGUAUAGCCACAAUACAUGGUUUUCAGUAGACAUUUUCAGACAUGUUUGGUGCCAUUAAACAUACCUUUAAAUAUACUUUUUGUGAAUUAAUAAUAUUGUGAUUAGUUGUGUUUGAUUUUCUUGAAAAGAGAAAAGAUUUGAAUAUUGAUUGCAUAUAAUUCAGAAUAAUUCAAAUCUUGUUUUACAUGCUAUGUGUGGUAAAAUGUACAUAGAACUCAUAUAUAUACAUAACAUUUGAAAUUAUACAUUUAUCAAAAUAAUAUGUUUAUAAUCUUUACCAUGUAAACUAUAUUUGUACUUGUAAUGGUAUACAACCCUUUAAACAGUUUAGUAAUGACUAAUUCAUGUUUAUGAUUAAUAAAUUCAUUAAUACAUAUUCUAAGGUAUUUUCUAUAUACAGAAAUCAGUUUCUGUUUGAAUGUAGCUACUGACAAGUUAGCUCUUUCUGUUGUUUGUAGAUUUCAUGGAGUAGAAAAGGAAACGAUAACAAAGAUCUCUUCAUAUCAUCAGGAUUGUAUGGUUUCUCUCGAAUCUUAUUGAAACAUGAAUGCAAGCAAGUUACUUCAGAAAGAUAUUUCACAUGACUGAAAUAAAAUAUAUCAAUUUUCUGUUUUCAUGAAUAAAUUAGUCUGAUUGAAAGCUGUAACGAUAUUCUUGACUGUUUUUUCUAAUAAUUCCAGUUUUAGUGACUCCAACAUUUUUGUGCUCUUGUAAUACACUGUAACUAUUUCUGUGUGCUUUUCAAACAAUAAUUUUUUACUGCUGAUUAAAGAUUCAAGACUUUCA